UCAGCCCCCCUGCCCCGACACUGAAACUGUUACAUGGCAAGAUUGUUUUGUAACCGUUUUACAAAACUCACCCAAUGAGAACAGCUGGCCGGCGUCACGUGACACAACUUUUACAUAACAGUUUUUUUUCACGCCUUUGCUUCUCCAUUGAGAAUAAUAUCAUUGCCUCCUGGACCGGACCAUGAACCUGCAGCUCGAUCAUCUCUCACCGGCCGACCUAAAAAUGAAUGGCAUUGGGGUUUCUGACCAGUUAAACGCCACAUAGAGGAGGAAGUUGACCACAAACAACCUACCCGGUAUGGGGACAGAGAGUGAGAGUAUGCUGCAGCUUGCAGCGGAGGCUUUCCAGUCCAAAAACUUCGACCUGGCCGCGGAUAUCUACGAGUGCCAGCUAGCGGGGCUCGGAGACCCGGGGAGCCGGCUGGAGCUGAUGGUAAAGCGGGCUGACGCGCUCGCCUUCGGGGGCAAAUUCACAGAAGCUUUCGGUAUCUAUCGGCAAGCCUCGGAGAUUGAAAGACUGCGACCCGGGCAUCUGGAAAACCUUUUAGAGUACCUAGCCAAUAGUAUUAGGAGGCAAGACGGGGGUGACGGCCCAAACAGCAGCCGGACGAGACCACCAGAGGAGGCUGGGGCGCUAGUGUCGACAUGCUUCGGUGUCGCGACAGGUUGCGGGUACGAUGCCUUCUCCUGCCGGAUGUGUCUGGGCUUCAUGUUCGAGCCCGUGACUCUGCCGUGCGGACACUGCUUCUGCAAAAAGUGCCUGGAGAGGGAGAGGGAGAGGCCGAUCAGCUGUAAAGAGUGCAAAGACAACUCCAGACUGGCCGACGUGCAGAGCUACAGGGUGAACGUGGUGCUCAGCAACCUGCUGGCCAAGUGUUUCCCCUGCCAGACCCAGGCCGGUCGGCUGCGGCGGGAGGGGAACCUGCUGUACGCCGAGAAGAGGAUGGAGGCAGCUCUGGAGAAGUACAACCAAGCAAUACUGAUAGCCCCCAGGGACCACAUACUGUUCAGUAACCGUUCCCAGAUCCACUCCAGUCUAAAACACUAUCAAAAGGCUCUGAGAGAUGCUGAGACGGCCUGCAGACUCAUGCCUCACUGGUCUAAGGGUCAUGUUCGUAAGGCCCAGGCCCUGGUGUCAUUGGGCAGAACAGAGGAAGCUUUGAGAGAAUACCUGGUCUGUCUCUCCAUAGAGCCUGACUGUAGGCUGGCCAAGACUGAGGCUCACAAGCUCCUCAGUGAUCUCCUGGCUCCAGUCACAGACCAGGUCCCUGAGCGAGUCCUAGACUACAUCAGUGUCCUGUCUUCCCGAGUAUACAUCAAAAACAGCCUCACACACUCAGACGCACAUGUACACAUGGCCUCUGCUGCGCACACGCCCUCCCUCAGCACCUCUGCUCCCUCCAAGGCUUCCCAGACUCUCAUCCAGCUGUCCACACAGUCUCCAACUGCGCUUGACUACCCACAACCCCCCUGUGUGAGGUCAGAGCACAGUGAGCUCAAAGGUCAAGGAGAGGUUGAGGGCAGGAGGCUGGACCGCGGUCUCCUCCUCAAACGGAAACGAAGGAGAGCCGAGGAGGAAGAGGAGGAGGAGGGAAGCGAGGAGGGAAGCGAGAAGUGUAAAAAGUCCAAGUCUGAGCCAACAGAGGUGACUGCCGCGUUUGUCGACGUCUUCGAAGCCACCGAUCUGGAGUGCUCCCUGUGUAUGAGACUGUUCUAUGAGCCGGUGACGACGCCAUGCGGGCACACUUUCUGCCUCCAGUGUCUGGAGAGAUGUUUAGACCACAACCCGAAGUGUCCGCUCUGUAAAGAGGGACUGUCUGAGUACCUUGCCCAGAGGCGCUACUGUAAGACAGCAGUGAUGGAGAAACUGAUAUCGACGUAUCUUCCCGCUGAGCUCAUGGAAAGACAGAAAACCAACCAGGAGGAGAUGGCUGAGCUCUCCAAUCUUAACAAGAAUGUGCCUAUCUUUGUGUGCACCAUGGCCUUCCCCACUGUGCCGUGUCCUCUCCAUAUCUUUGAGCCGUGCUACAGACUGAUGAUUCGCCGAUGCAUGGAGACAGGAACCAACUGCUUUGGCAUGUGCCUGGGAGACAACCUCAAGGGGUUUGCAGACUACGGGUGCCUGCUGGAGAUCCGCAAUGUGGAGUUUUUCUCAGACGGACGCUCAGUUGUCGACACCGUUGGCAAGCGGAGGUUCAAAGUCAUUCAGCACAGUGAAAGAGAUGGAUACAACACCGCUGACAUAGAGUACCUGGAGGACGUUAAGGUGGAGGGUGUGGCAGAGCGCGAGCUGCAGUCUCUCCAUGAUGAGGUGUAUGACCAGGCCUUGGUUUGGGUCAACUCCCUCAAGGCGGAGCAGAAAGAACGCAUUGUCGGACAUUUUGGCCCCAUGCCUGAGAAAGACUCUGAACCACAGGCCAGCCCUAACGGCCCGUCAUGGUGUUGGUGGUUACUCGCCGUCCUUCCGUUAGAAGGCCGAGCUCAGCUCCCGUUCCUGGCCCUCACCUCCCUAAAGGACCGUCUCAGCGGCAUCCGCAGGGUGCUGCUCUUCAUGGCCCACACCAGGCACCGGUGACGAGUGCUGGAAGGAGCGUUGAGCCACCUGGAACGUGCAGUAACCCACACCGCGCUCCGCCGAGCGGCAUUUAACCUGUUGUCCUUUUUGACGCACAAAGAACUGAUGUCUGUGGUUGCACCUCCCCUGCUGUAGCUGAACCCCCUGCAGAAAGCACGACCCCAUGCACCCAUCAGCAGCCACUUGAGCUUCAAGAGCAAAGAUGCAACUAAUUGGGAUCUGAAUAGUAAAACUCUAAUUCUACUCUAAUACUCUUUGCGUAAAGACUUACAGAAGAACCAUUUCAUUCAAGUAGCAACGAAUGCUAUGUUCAGGCAGCAGGUAAACACGAUUCACUUGUUGAAUCUGAUCUUUCAGGCUUACUGUCCUCAUUGUCAUUAACAAGAGACGUUCUUGGAGAAUCACUUCCUGUCAUGAUGACACUGGUUGCCAUAGUAACAAGACAGGCAUUUCCUGUCCAGUAACUUUGGCUGCAGCAACAAGCUAGUAACAAGGAAGUUUCUCUGUUGCUUUCCCUGAGUCACAGUGCAGUGUAAAGAUGCAUGAAGAUGUAAUGUCGUUUCGAAAAAUCCAGCUUCAGCUGCCUGUCUGUCUGAACAUAACUUUAGAGCAGAGACGCAGCAAAUCUCCCGGUUCAGAUGCAUAAUAGCCUGCUACUUUCACAACCAGAGGACACUGCAACAAAAACAACUUGCACAAUUUGCACUUCCCUGCAGCAAGCAACAGCCAGCCCCAGUCAUCAUCAAGCAGCAGCAAAUACAACUUGCAUGUAAAUCAACACUCCAAACUACUCAAUAUGUGCUGUGACUGUUCCAUCCUCUCCCGGCUUACCCUAUAGUGUGAAUCACACACACACGCGCCCACACUGCAGUCUUCAGCAGGGUGGCUGUCUGUCUGCCCAUAUGUCUGUCAGUGUGUGUGUGUCCAUUCUGCAAUCGACCAAACUAUGGAUUUGCCUUUGCGUGUAAAUGCACUUGCUGUAGUUGAGUGAACAACAAUGAUAAGAUGUGGUUAGUUAUACUAAGUUACAGUUUAAUCUGGAAAAUGGUAAAUUUACCUACCCACUGGUAAAUGUAGACAUCUGUAACAGUGUACAUUUACUAUUUGCUACCUUUAUAUACAAUAAUUAUCAAUUUGACAAGUAUUCUGUCUUCCUUCCUUCCUUCCCUCCUUCCAUUGUUUUCUUCCUUGUCAUCUAAGUACCACAGCUGAAUAACUAUGGACUGAGUCUUUACAUGGGUGUGCUAAGGCUCUUGAUCUUGUGUUUGAAUUAUAUGUUUUUGAUUUGUUAAUUUUUUUUUUUUCAUUAUUUAUAACCGUGUGUGCAUGCAGUGACGUUGUUUACAUUUCACAGAAAGAGAUGCUGAGCUGCUCAGUCUCCAAAGGCGUUCUUAUUUUUUUUUUGUUUUGUUUUGUUUUGUUUACCAGUGGCCCCAGAAUAAUAGCAAUAAACACAGUCACAGUGAAUGAGAGGCACUGACAGAAAAACCUGGGGUUUUAGAGAGCUGACCCCGCUAAAAAUGUUGGUAUAAAGUAAAGAUACACAGAGACACAUAGUCUGUGAUUUCCUUUUAGAUAGGAUUUCAUCAUUCCCUCCCUAAAUGCAUCCGUUUGAGGUGGAUUAGAUUUCCCAGUUGCCCAGUAAAAGUAAAGUAAAACUGAAUAAUAGCGAUAAACAUAGUCACAGUGAACGAGAGCCACUGACACAAAACGUUUGUCCAUGUUGUUGCCGGGGUUUUAGAGAGCCAACCCAGUGAAAAAAUGUUGCUAUAAAGUAAAGAUACACAGAAACACGAAGUCUUUAAUUUCCUUUGACAUAACAUUUCAUCAUUCGCUCUCUAAAUGUGCUCUUGGUAGUAAACAUUUCUCUGGGAGCUGCAGCAUUGCUGUUGAGCUCCAGUUAACUUGUAAUUACAUUUGAUGUCUGCCAAGGUGCUUGUUGCUGCAUUUUCCAGUUUAAACUUAUUUUCACUGAUGGUGACUCAGAGUGGGGUUAAGAAUAGUUCACACUCAAAUACAAGAAGAUGUGUUCCUGCUUACCCCUAGUGCAGUCUAUCCAUCUAGGCGGUUUCUGUGUGAUUUGGUGAGGUUUCCAGUCUGUCGCCCUUCACCCCUCACAACUCAGUGGGGCUGGAUGUUUUUUUUUGUUUUUUUUUUAAUGGCACUCAAACUGUUAAAAAGCUAAAGAACACCUACAAUAUGUAUCUACCUGUCUCUACUUGGGGCGGAAAGGUACAGUUUGCCGGUGUUCUUCGGCAGGAAAUAAUUUGAAAAUAGCAUCCACCCCAGUUGUGUUUGGGUGAAAGCAGACUGGAAACCUCACCAAAUCACACAGAAGCCACCUGGAUGGAUAAAAUGCACCAGAAGUAGCCGGGAAAAUGUCUCGUUUGCAUUUUGGGUGAACCGCUCCUCUACCUCAACCUCUGAUCUCACCAGCUUGUUCUCCUUACACACAAUUUGAAGCCGAUUCGAUUUUCCAGUCGCCCAGUAAAAGCAAAUUAAUGUGUAACAACGGCGUUCAGCGAACAAAUGUUGGCUAUAAAUAGGUGCCAGUAGCCUCCAUGACAUCAGCGUGGUGCGAAGCCCAACAUUUCAGAGAUCAGCUGGGAGACCUUGAGCAUUUACGCAGCAACAACAUGCAGCUGACAUAGCUGCACAGGACAAACUGUGCCUGUGGAUCUCUUAACGUGUCCAGCCUGAGUCGUGGAGUACAUCCUGGUAGAUUCCCACCCAAACCGCUUAUUUUUAGAUCAAGUCAAAUCGACGUUCUGUUUUUAGUUGUGUUAUAAUGCUAGCUUAUGUUUACAUCAGCAUGUUUAGAUCUCCCCGCUGUCACCAGCCUCUCCACGGCUGAGAUAUCUGUAAUGCUUACAGGCGUAAAGAGAGCCUGUCAGCAAUGCAGCAAACAGUGAAAUCGAUACUUUUUAUAUUUUUGCUAACACUAUCUCCCUUGCCUAUGGCCAGGUAUUUAUUUUACUAUUUAUUUUAAUCUUUGUUGCACUUCCACUUUAAGUGAGUAAGGGAAAGAAAUGGGGCAGAGAUGUAUGUGUACAUAUAUUGAGCGCUGGAGUUUUUAAUAUCUAAUCUGAGUCAAAAUGUUAUUGGAAAUCCCAUAGAAAAGAUGUAUUUUCUCCUGUGUGGUGAAUUGACUCGGCCAACUUCUGCCACUUUUCAGUUUCUUAGGGUUUGACUGAUGUGCGCUACCGGUAAAGGCUAAUGCCUUCUUUAUAGAGUGAAACUCCUUUAUGGAUUUUGUGUUUCCAUGCAAAGCAGAGCUUCCUCAAAAAAACAAAAAUACACCUAGAACAUUUAAACAAAAAUGUGCAAACCUGUUAAAAUGAGUGUUUGACAAUACACUGAUUUUGAGGAGCAUACUCAAAAUAUAAACUUAAAACAUUUUUUUUUUUUUUUUUGAACAUCAAUGUUGUUUUCCAAACGUAAAACUACCGAGGCCUUGCUAAUAUCAGUGGCAACUACUUUAAUUGGUAAAGGCUAAUCUGGUCAAUGCAAGAGAUUUGUUGAGCUUCGCCUUCAAGUGAGUUUGUAUUUUGUUUUAUACAUAUGUUGGAUUUUACAUGUUUCUAUGUCCAUCAGGUUCUUUGUAUUUUAUAUGUUUCUGUUAAAUUUAUCUCGUGGUGAUUUCUUUAUUUUAUAUGAAAUACUACAGGGAGUGGUUGUUGGAAAAAAUGUUUUGAUGUCAAAUCAGCAGCAUCAGUUGUUUUGUAUUUAAAGGGCCAAAGCCAUUUUUUCUGGUACUAUAGGGUGGCAGAGAAAUUGACUAAAUGACAAUAUCAUGCUACUUUCCCCACAGUACUGAGUAAACAUCAAGUUCAUCUGUUACCACCUUCAAAUGGUUGCAGUAUAUCACGGAAUCAAUUAGCAUUACUUAAGAUAAGGCACAAUGUGUGGAAUAAUCACAAAAUUAUUGUACCGCGGCCCAAGUAUUGGUCUGAGCAACUUUAAUGUAAAGAAUUAUGACAGUAAAGUGGACUUGGCAUCUCAGUGCUUUUGGCAUUUAAUAAACACUUUCUAUGAAAUAUAACAUUUGCUAAUAUUGCAGUUAUGUGCAAGAAGCAAUUAAUGUUGGUCACAGCUGUUAUUAAGGGAAAUGCCAUCAGUAAUGGAUUCACACCUUGAGUGUAAAGGCAUGUGACAGAAAUUUCAGAAUCAAAGCCAGAUGUACUCCUUGAUAUAUAUGACGAGGCAGAGGUAAAGGGAAACUCCACCCAAAUUCACAUGUGCUAUUCCCACAUAUUAACAAGAUUUGUGAAGAUUUUCCUCAAGUAACAGACAAAAUGUAAGACUCCCCGGCUGAUCAAGGCUCGUCUCUGGCAGCAGAGCAGCUCAAGGUUUCAUCUGUUGACUCUUCUCGUAGAGAGGAGCCUCCAUUUCCUCAUUUCUCGCUUUGGGAGAGGCAUGCACCUCUGCAAAACUGUUCAAGGGUGAAUUUUGGCUUUAAGAGCAGUCUAAUAUCUGUGAAACACUGUUCAUCCACAGCAGCAGUUCUAGUGCCUUAAGUUGACUUUCUUCCAUUUUUCACUUGUACGCUGAUGUUUUUUUUUUUUUUUUUUUUUACCUGCAGUAGCAACUAGAGCGAGGUAGUGUGUAACCACCAGGUGUUCCCUGCAUAACAUCUCAGGAUAAUGAUCAUGUGUGUGCCACUGAUUAGACCUCACCCUCAUCAAAGUGUUUGACUUUGGUGGUUCCAUGCGGUCGCAGUCAAAAACAUAUCACAGCGCAUAAACCAUUAAGGCAGUUUUCAUCCUGGUUCCCAAAGGCAUUGUGGGAUUGAAAUCACCUUUCCCCCCCUCUUGCUAACAAUGAGCUUCGGCUCCCUCUCCUACAGUUCUGAUUGAUCCCUCAGUCACAGCAAUCAAAGUAAUUACAGACGCUUAACUCGCUAUUAAACACUAUAAUUUCUCUGCGUCGAAACACAUGGGAGUGGCAGAGUGGUAUUUUCCCUGGCAAACCCUCAUUGCCUUGCAGUGGCACAAAAAUGAUCUUUAAUGUGAAGGUGCUAUUCAGGAAACACAACCCGGUUUUUUAGGCUAUGAUCCAAUUGGGCUACGAGUAAUUACUGCAUUAUUUGUGUGGGUGUCAAAUCUUGAAUCCAAACAGGUCAGGAUGGGGCGAAGUUGCUUUGGCAGCCUCAUGGGAUAAUUUGAUUUUUUUUUUUUUUUUUUUUUUUUUUUUUUUUUAAAUUGUAGCGCUACAGACUUUUGGUGGUGAUGACAUGGACAAGUAGGAGCUGAAACACACAUUUCCUCAAUGUUUUCAGUGUGUUUAGAGGAAACUGGGAGUGUGUGCUUCGUAUUAAUACUGAGAUCAUCAUCAGCUCCUUGGUCGUUCAACUAUGUGAAAAAGUAGGAUGUGGGUUAUCCUGACCUUCCCAGAAUUCAACCUUUGACCUUUACAGCUGAAGAAGUGUACCUACCUCGGGCAUCUUCCUAGAGUGCUUCCAGAAAGACAGAUUAAAAAAAAAAAAAAGAAAGAAAGAAAAAAAGCUUCAUGAUUUUGUUGUGUUUUUGUCAUUUUUUCAUCCGUGUUGGAAGGCAGAGUCCUGUCUCAACGUCGGGGCAAAGAUACCGCCAGUGUCUCGCAAAAACCUCACAUCUCCAAAGAUGGGAAAAGAAAAUCAGACGGAAACUUCAGACGGAAAAUGUGAAAAUGAAAAUUCGCUGUACUACAGAGAAAAGGGUUCUGUGAGACACUAGUGAUCAGUUUGAAAGAGGCUUUUAAAUAUUUGGACAGUUUGAAGGAGCGCUUGAUUUACCAUCCUUGGAGACAGCUUCUUAAGCAGAAACAAAACUCAAGUCUUCUUUAAACCACUAAAACUACUAAAAACCUGAACCUGAUUUGACCAAGUAGCUCUGACAUCACAGUCUUAUUUUUCUAACCUUUUGGCCACCAACAAAUCAUCCCAAGAUAAUCCAGGCGCUCCUCAUGUUCUCCAGUAUUUGAAAAGUCUCACGUCUUCGCCCGGGUCUGCCUCUCUCAGCGGCUGUUGAGCUCUUGUAGAAAACCAUGGCCUCUAAAAGUGUCUGUGUGCAUUUACACAACAUGAAUGUAUGUCUCGACAUCUCUCUGAUGUUCUCUGUACAUGUCUGUUACUCACAUUAAAAAACCUAGUAUGCAGAAACAUUUGCAAAUGUACAGUCUAACAUUUCGGCUUGUGAAUAAAUCAAGAGGUUUGUGGUCUUGGUGCUGUCUGGGAUGCCGAGCGCGCUGGACUGGA